UGCCGGUCACACCUUCCAUUCUCUUACUUUUCUUCGUCACUCCUUCGUCCUUCGCUCACUAUGAAGUCUUUCGUUUCCCUUCUCGCUUUCCCCGCUUCCUCGCUGGCUGGAACCGUGUUGUGGAGCGGCAUUUUCAACUCUUCUGCUACCGUCGAGGACUUCGAUGAUUGGUCAUGGUCCAACCAGAUUGAACCGUGGCAAUGGUACAUCCAUGGCACCGGCAACACGUCGGAUUACCUGGGUCUGUCCACGGACUUCAAGAACCCCGCCGAUACCAGUGACGCCCAGGGGCUGCGCAUCAGCAUUGACGGCACCUCUUACUGGGAAGGUCAAACGAUGGAGCGCUCCGAACUGAUCCCCCAGACCAAGGCCGACCUCGGCUCCGGUCACCUCUACUACCACUUCUCCCUGUCGACCAAGACGACCAACGCGCCCGACGCCUCCUUCGAGCACCAGAUCGCCUUCUUUGAGAGCCACUUCACCGAGCUGCAGUACGGUCUGGCCUCGGGGGCAUCCGGGUCUUCCGACAACACGCUCCGCUGGAACGCCGGCGGCAACACCCACUGGUCUGUGCAGCUGGAGGCCGGCAACUGGUACAACUUUGCGUAUGAUAUCGACUUCGACGCGCAGACGGUGGGUCUGUGGGCGUCCAACGGCUCCGACCCCUUGACCGAGGUUGUGUCGCCCGUCAGCGCGUCCGCCUCGUCCAACUCGGCCGACUGGCACGUCGGCGAGCUGCGUCUGCCUGGCAGCGGAAGCUCGAACGAUGCGGCGGAGGAUUGGUUCUGGUCUGGUGUUUAUGUUGAGGAGGCGCCGAUCACGAAGGAGAUUGGGUCGGGUAGCGCGUCGAGCUCGAGCUCGAGCUCCAGCUCUGCGGACACAUCUAGCUCUGUCAGCUCUGCCAGCUUGUCGACCUCUUCCGCUCCCAAGUCCACCGCCGAGGCUACCUCAAGCACCACCGUCGCCGCUGCUACUACCAGCACUGCUGCUGCGCUCAUGACCUCGACUGUUGCUCCCUCAGUGACCACGGAAGUCGCAGUCGAGGCUGCGACGACGGCCACGGCUGCCUCAGUGGCGCUGGCUUCGCCCACCACCCCGACUGAGAUUUUGGACGACAUUCGCGCUAUUUUCGGUGCUCUUGUCUCGCGGUCCAGUGGUGUGCAUGCUCGGGACUUUUCUCCUCGUGCGUAGGUCUGUUGAUGCCUUAGUUCUUGUUGGGUGGCGGUUGGACUGUGUCAAGGAUUUUGAAGCCCCAGGGUGGAUUGCUGGAAAGUAUCCUUGGUUUUCUUGGUGGUUGUAACUUACUGAAUUAUCAACACAUAAAGCAGCCUGGUAACCGCGUUGCAUCACGUGGCCGGAUUACGCAGGAACGCCGACAAACCGAGACACAGGGACUGG